CAGAUUGGGACGGGCUCUCUCGUAAUCAGAUAGAAUACUGCAGCUCACGCUCAGAUAUCCCAUGCUGUUACCGGUGUGGCUUUGCAGCCCCCUCUCUCUCACACGCACGUAUCCUCACUGGCAUAAAUGCAGACGCACUGAACACGGAUCUUCUUGCGCACGCACUGGAAGGCAUCUGAGGAGGCAACAGCCUACUCUCAUUUCUCUCUACUGCGUUCGCUGGCUCCUGUUGGCUGGUUUUUAGGGAGUGCGUCAGAGGCUGUGGCACACGGAUAUGCCUGGUGAGACCGCACAUCGGAGCGGCCCCUCGCAGGGCCUUGUGGACUCCGGAGAUACACAGUCAGAGCUACUGGGACCAGAUCUGUCUGGUCAAACAUCCAGCUCUUCAGCCUCAACUCCAACUGACAGCGCCUCCAGUCCUUCUCCUAGCAGCCCUCCCAAAGUCUCCCCACUCUAUACACCAUUUGGUCCCCGUCUGGUAAUGGCCAAACCAGCCACUUCUCCUCGUCCACAGCCUGAGGGUGCAAGCUUUGAAUUAGAAGGGUGGUCUGGAACCAUCAGCCGAUCAACAGGCCGGUUCGGUAGAGGAGCCUGCAGACGAGGUCCUGUGAAAAUGGAACGGAUUAAAGUCCUAACUGGAGCAGAAAUAGAAAGUGACUUUCAGGAACCAGAGACCAUGGACACAAGGGUAGUAAUGGGGCAAGAGGCGCUACUGAAAAAUAUGGAAACACAGGGUGGAAUGCCACUAGGAAAACAAAGAGUCCAAGAAACAAUUUCAGGUGACCAGACCUCAGAACCUUCUAAAAAAGGUCAAAUGGGACUUGAUGAGAAAGCAAAACUUGACACUGGUCAACUGAAUCCCAUUGUGAACCAGGUCAUAAGUUUGCCUUCAGCCUCAGAAUCUGAGAGAAUUAUUGGUCAGCUACUUGAAUUUCCAGUCCUAGAGCCCAAAGUAAAAGGUGCAGAUUUGAUCGACAACAGCAUCCUUUUCACAGACAAUGAGGGAGAGCCUCUGUCUUUAUCUCAGGGUGAAGUGCCUUCCUUGUCAUUUUCAGAGCCUACCUAUGUUGUUGACCCACAACGCAUUGGUCUCCUCCCAGGACUUGAUCCUGACCGCUAUUAUACAGCACCUUCUACUCCUAUUAAGAUGGCUUACUGCUCACAUCUCAAACAACAAUGGCGACCAGGCAGCCCGAGCCAAAGUCCCGGUUCCCCAACUGAUGAGUCUGACCUGUGCUCUCCUCCUACCUCCCCCUCCGGCUCCUACAUCACAGCUGAGGGCGGCAGCUGGACCUCCUACACCUCUAGCACCUCCCACUCCUGCUCCCCGAAUCUAACAGCAGAGGCAGAGCUACAAGAAGCUCCUGCUUGCUAUGUCGGGUCCCUCUCAGAGAUUGGAGACGAAUUUGGGGAUGAGCGAACUGGGACUGAGAGAGAAACUUGCCUGUGUAAACCAAACAUACCAGAAUUGUUAGAAGAUGUUGCCUGUGAGGUGGAGAUGCUUACAAGAGAAACAUCCAAGCCUUGUUGGGUAACAGAACAUGACAACACACAUGCCAACAGGACCAGACACACAGAGUGCCAUGAGGAGGCAAGGCUGCCUGGAGGCUCUCGGGGGUCAACAGAGAUCCAGAAACCCCCUGAUGUAACCCAAGCUUUUAAUGAUCCAGAUCAUAGUCUGAAACUGGUUUUUAAUGCAUGUGUGUCAGAUCCCCUUGAAGGCCUGAACCCCACUUUGACAACAGAGGAUAAUGAAACAACUGCAACUGCACUCGACACUGGCAGAACAACCCCUGUCUCCCUCUCGUCAGAGACAGCAGAUAUAGACAGUAACAGCUUUAACCUUGACACAGGUUCCUUUGCUCCUCUGUUCCAUGGGUACUCUAUGGAGGAUGGACCUGGGGGUGAUCCAAUGAUUCCUGCUUCUAUGCUGCCUUUCCAUGGAAGCCUCAUAUUCCAGGCAGAUUCCGUGGAAAUAACCCUGUUCCCUACAGAAGAUGACACUGGCAAUGAAGAAGAUGCAUAUGCUGCUGGAGAGGAGGAAGCAGAUGUAGAUGAGUAUGAUGAUGAAGAGGAUGAAGACUGUGGUUGUGAUGAGGAUGACAAAGAUAAAGACAAUGCUGCACAACAGCAAGAGGCACCUUGGAGGGGUGAAAGGACAGUGGAAGACCCCAAUGAGGAUGACACAUCAGCAUCUUUCCUCAACUCACUUUCAGAGAACUCAAUAAAUGAGGGAGUAGAUGAGUCCUUUGCUUAUAAGGAUGACACUGAGGAGUCAAUUGAUUCCACAUCUUACAAUGAAGAUGAAGAUGACCAUCUGUAUAGCACAGAGAAGCACGCUGAACUUGCCCAAGCAUUUCCUGGACCAGAUGAAGCAGUGCAGUCAGUAAGCCAUGCCAAACCAGAAUCCAUUGGCAGUGAGAGUGAAAUGGAGAUAUCCUCUGGAUCACCUGAGCCUCUGAAUGUAGAUUUGCAGGGACAUGUACCAGACUGCAGUGUUCAUGAUGAAAGUGUUAUAAAAUCACAAAGCACAGAAACAGAAUCACUGAAGGGUGUGCUUUUAGAGGAAGUGACAGCAAAGAAUAAAGUACACAAGGAAGGCAACCAGAGUACAGAUGCUUCAACAGUCAAAGUCACUGAAGAGAAAGGACAGCUGACCAUCAGUGAUCCAACAUCGUCAGUUGAUCAAGACAAAGCAAUGGAACAAUAUAGUAGAGCAAAUUUCUGUGUGGCAGGUGCCAAAGUAGCUGAUAAGUGUAAUGAAACUAACGCAGAAGAUAAGCAGGAACUAGAUCAGAAAAAUGGAAAUAGCAUUGAGUUUAUGGAUACAUCUUCACAGCUGGCUGAAACAGCAACCAAUGACCUAAACAAGGGAGUUCCUCAACUGACAUAUCUUGAUGAAUGUAGUCCCACAAACAUUCCAGUCUGCGCUUAUCCUGAACUGUCCGAUGUACCAGAUAAUUUAACUUCAACCGAUGUUUUACCAUUUGAAAGAUCCAUAAAUCAAGAUAAUCUGACAGAGAAUCAGCCUGGCAAUGAUGAUCUUAUCCCAGGCUCUCAAAAUAUGUCCUGUUUCACAUACAGCACACUUGUUAUUUCACCAAAGAAAGAGAACUCACAAAACAGCAUGAUCGAAAAUGAGCUUUACUCUGAGGGUUGGACACCUCUCUCAAGAGAUUCCUUGUCCUUGGGCGAAUGCUGUGACUUUGAGGCUGAGAAUCUGCUUAUGUGUGAGUUGGCCAGAUCAGUGCACAGUAAGGGUGUGUCUGUAGCUCAUAACAUUGCUGCUGGGGAUGACAUCAUGGGUGAUGAUGAGGACAACAAUACUUAUUGUGACCUCCAAGAGAAGAUGGCAGACAUUGACGUUGGUGGUGUUGAGUCAAACAUUGCCAGUUGGAGAUCCAUCCAGGAUCUUUCAGAGGCAGGAGGUGGUGAGGAUGAUGCAAAUAACCUUCAAAAUCCAGACAACAAUCAACUUAUUCAUUGCAGUUCUGAAAGGAGUCUGGUGGCAUCGUGGAAUGAUCCAGAAACUGGUUCAUCCAAACUUAUGAUGAAUAUGCUUUCAGAUAAUGGAAAGGAGGUGAAAGAUCCGACUCAGAACACAGACUUUAACAUUCCAGAGGACACACACAGAGAUGAAAGUGAUGAAAUAUCUUCCAAGCAGAUGCCCCAGGAUGUACAGUCUUGUCAAAGACCUGAGAAAGUUUCAUCAUCAGACAUUUCCAAAGUAGAUAUUUCUGAAACUACUACACCAAUGACUAAGACAGUAAUUUCAGAAAAUCUUGGUCCUGUUUUAGAUCAAUAUCAUGCAAACUUAGCAAACACUAACUCUGUCAAUGAAAACAAGCUCAUAUUCAACUUACAAGGAGGAUCAUUCGGCACAUUUACCCCCAGAAAGAAAUCAACUGAAUUAAAGAUUCCUGGUUCAUCAGAAGCUACAAAACAACAUAAAGAGACACCUUUACGUUCCAAUGACAAGACUCCUGAAGCUGUAGGAGAAAAAGUAAAGCAACCAGAGGCAAAAAUAAAAAACGAAGAGCUUAAUGAUGAAGGUAAAACAGCUGUGAAACAACUCCAUGGGCAAGAAACUAUAACGGACCCCAAAGAUCAGAAGAGAGCUGAAAUUGUCUCGCAUAUUGUAGAUGACAAGGAAAUAAAAACAUUUCAGAAGACAGAGGUACAAGACUUUACAGACAAUGUUCCUUUUCUGGAGAGCAACAAACAACUUUCUGAUGCUGAAAGAGAUGAUGGAACGCAAAAAACAACUAUGCAAAAUGCUAAUUCAAGUCAUGGCACCAAACCAAAGGUAUUGUGUGCCCUUGAAAACAACAAAGCAGAUUCAGGCUCAAAGGAUAAAAAAGCGAUCCAGCGCAAAGAGAGGGAAACUAAAGCUACAGCGAGUCAGUCAAAAGAGAUGAUGCAAAAAGUGGAUGUCUCUAUAGCAGAGAAACCUGAAUCUCUUCAAACCCAAAAACAAUCAAUUUUUCACUCCUCUGACUCUAGCUUUAUUGAUCGAAGAGAGUCUGUGGUCUCAACAAAAACAACAGUCCUUACAAAGCCUGAUGCUCAAGAUCUUUCAGACAGUGUAGCUGGUUUGAGAGAAAGCACAAGAGACAUCAAUGACAAUCAUGUAGGGCGCUGUCCAUCACUCAAGGUGGAGGUCUCCCCAAAACGUGCAUCCUCAGAUGUCCAGGAGGAGGACCUUUCUACCCCUAUACAGGAGUCACAGCCUACACAGAACGCGUUUGAAACAUCUGCUGUCUUCUCUCACAUUCAGCAAGCUUCAGACAAACCCAUUCAGCCUGACCCUCGUCCUCUUCAACCCACAAGAAUUAGCAGAAGGGAAUUCUCAGCUUGGGAAUCAGAACAACCACCAACUUUGCUUCCUAUUCAAGACACAUACCAUCAUGAGGGUAACAGAACAAGCCAUGCCAAGACAUGCAGACAUGAAAACCCUCUAGUGUGUAAAGGACACCUGAAAGAGCCGUCCCAACCUACAACAUCUAUUGGACAAAGAGGCAGUACUGAGACAGCUCAGAGAACGUUGAAUCAGUCAGAUGAAAGGGAGCUCCUACCGUACAUCAGUCCAAGACCAGACUACUUGGCAAAAACUCAACAGGCCCAUGCAGAGCGCCACAGUAAAGAGCAAGAUUUGUGUCCAAUUAGCUACAGAUCAAAAGGCUGUGAUGACGUGGGUCUCUCCUUCAAAAACAACAUAUGUUUAGGUAAUGAAACGGAUAGUGACGGUUCAGUUCCCGCGCUAGAGGAACCCAGUGGACCCAUGCUAAGACCCUCAAACCCACAGUUACCACAUUCUCCUGCGGAUGAAUCAGUGAGCAAGGCUAAGCAGAGUCGAAGUGAGAAAAAAGCACGGAAGGCGAUGUCAAAGCUCGGGCUGAAACAGAUCCAUGGAGUGACACGCAUCACAAUUCGGAAAUCCAAGAACAUUCUCUUUGUUAUCAGCCGUCCAGAUGUGUUCAAAAGUCCUGCAUCAGAUAUUUAUAUAGUGUUUGGAGAAGCCAAGAUCGAAGACCUGUCACAGCAGGUACACAAAGCAGCGGCAGAGAAAUUUAAGGUUCCCCUCGACCCCUCACCUCUGCCGUCUGACAUCACACCAAGUCUGACCAUAAAGGAAGAGAGUGAGGAAGAAGAGGAGCUCGACGAGGGAGGGCUUGAGCAGAGAGAUAUCGAGUUGGUUAUGGCACAGGCUAAUGUGUCUCGAGCUAAAGCUGUCCGUGCAUUGCGCCACAAUAAGAACGACAUUGUCAACGCCAUCAUGGAGCUGACCAUGUAGAAGAGGAUUAGACAUCUUCUCCCUUUUCGUGUUUUCCCUUAAAGGGACAGUUCACCCAAAAAAAGAAAAUUCUAUCAUCUUUUACUUACCCUAUAGCGGUUUCAAACCUGUAUAAAUUUCAUUGUUUUGCUGAACACAAAGAAAGAUAUUUGGAAGAUUGUCAGUAAUCAAAACGGAUCUGACCCUGUUUACUUUUCAUAGUAGCGAACAUAAAUACUAUGGGAGUCAAAAAAGGAUGAGAUUGGUUUGGUAACUAACAUUCUUCCAGAUAUCUUUCUUCAUGUUUAGCAGAACAAAGACAUUUAUACAGUUUUGGAACAAUCUUUGGGUGAUGAUAGAAUUUACAUUUUUGGGUGAACUGUCCCUUUAAGUAAUGCUGCUAUGUUGCACCGCUCAAAUUCCUGCUGAAAUAAAUCUGUCUCAACCAGAGCUGCUCGUUUCCCAACCUUAUCUCGUCUCAUCCAUGCACCUUAUUGAAAAAUUGGCAAACUAUACAAUCGUCAUGUGUUUUAAACAUUUAAUAUUGCAAAAUUGGCUCAGUUGGUAGAGCAAAUGAUUGUAGAAAUAAAAGCUGAUAUCCUCAA